AUGUUUAUGUCUCAAUCCAUAACAGUGUUUCAAUGGAUUGGUGAUGCCUCCGGCCAUCGAAUACAACGCCGCUUAUCUGGAACUGUUGUUGGUCUGAGUAAAAGUGAACCAAACCUGCAUUUUCCUGAAACCAGCAUCCUCAUUAUUAGUGCACCCAAGGGAAAGCCAAGGAUGUGGAAUGUAGGAGUUUAUAUUGCUUUAACUAUUGCUAUAUUUGGAGCUAUCAUUGCGGUUGCGGCGGCAGCGGUGGUCUUCGUGAUCCGACUGAAGAGGAAGGAGAAGCCAAACUUAAGCAGCAUUGAUUCAGAUAUGGAGCUGCAGCAACUUGGUUUCAGUGUAAGAACAGCAGCAAGUGAUAAGAAAGUAUCUUUUGAGGGUUCCCAGGAAGGUUUAGAUCAUGUUCAUCUUACGCCUCGAAAGGGGUUGCUGGAGUUAUACACCAUUGAAGAGCUGAAGAAAGCCACUGAGGAUUUUAAUCCCGGUAAUCAGAUCCAGGGAAAGGUGUAUCAUGGUCGUCUCAAUGGGAAAAACAUGGCUAUAAAGCUCAUUAAAACUGAACAUGUUUCAAACGUUGAAGUUAGACUCUUCAGUGAUGCAACUCACCAGCAUCCCAACAUAAUUAGACUGCUGGGGACCUGUGUGACUGAGGGUUCGAGUUCGUUUUUGGUUUUCGAAUACGCUAAGAAUGGUUCCUUGAAAGACUGGUUACAUGGUGGAUUGGCAAUGAAAAACCAGUUCAUUGCUUCUUGUUAUUGCUUUUUGACAUGGAAGCAAAGGUUAAGGAUCAGUCGUGAUGUAGCAGUGGCAUUACAGUACAUGCACCAGGUUAUGAAUCCAAGCUAUAUUCAUAGAAAUAUAAAGAGCAAAAACAUCUUCCUGGAUGAAGAUUUUAAUGCAAAGGUUGGUGAUUUCGGUAUUCGAAACAGUAGUGUUGAAGAUGAAACCAAGUAUCCUGAUGUUUCAACUAAUCCAGCCACUUGGAACUUGGGCUACUUGGCUCCUGAAUAUCUUCAUCAAGGUGUGGUUUCACCAGCUGUUGACAUUUUCGCUUAUGGGGUAGUUUUGCUUGAGAUUUUGUCUGGGAAGACACCCAUAACCAGACCAGACAACAAGGGAGGGGCCAAUGUUUGGCUGUCUGAGAAAAUCAAGACCAUUUUGGUGUCUGAAAAUAAAGAUGAGCUAAGACAAUGGAUGGACUGUGCAUUAGGGGAGAAUUACUGGUUUGAUACAGCUUUGACAAUGGCAAAUCUUGCGAGAGCUUGCACUGAAGAAGACCCUUGUUUGAGACCCAAUGCUGGAGAGAUCGUAGAGAAGUUAUCAAGAUUGAUGGAUGAAUCUCCUGAAGAUGAACAUAUGUUGAUCUGUGAAAGCUCUUGCAAACCUCUGGUAAAUUCAUCAACAAACAAUUCCUCUGAAUGAUCCAUGUCCUUGCAAGUAUCCCUGGCACUCCAAAUCAAAAUCUUGAAAAUAAAUAAUAGUAUGUUUUCUCUACAAUUGCUGUAAUAAUAAUAAAUCAUAAAUCAUAAAAUUAUCUAUUUUCACACAGGUAUUUCUUCAUUUCUUUGUAGUACUUUGUUUCUCACAAAUGUAUCCAACAAAUAUUUGGACAUAAAAGAAGUGUAUAAUGCUUCAAAUACAUAGAAUUUUUUUCUUUCUAAAACGAAUAUAUCCAUAUUAAAUGCGUACUUACAUCAGAAUCCAAGUAACACAUAGAUAUGUUGUAUUAUUUUCU